AUGCGUGGGAGUAUAAAUAAGACCCCAGCAAAAGGCAAUGAAUCAAUGUUAGCAGCCUGCUCCUUGGGAAGCUCAGGUGAGGUGGAUCAACAUGGCAGUGUAGAAGUGGCUCGAGUGUACAGGGAUUUGGAUGCCUAUUUCCCAGCCUAUUUUCUGGAGGAAUUUUCUGAAGAAAUGUUGAAUGCUCUGUUAGAAGAGUAUCCAGAAAAGAAUUUUGUCUUUUCCCCUCUAAGCAUCUCCACCUCUCUGGUGUUGACCAUCAAGGGAACCAGAACCACCACACUCUUCAACCUGCUGGAGGCACUUGGCUUUGACCACGAAGCCGUGCAUGCUGAUGAUGCAGAGAACUUUCUCCUGAGUAUGCUACAGAUGCUGAAUGACCUGAAAAAAAAGAAUAUGCUGAGACACAGAAACUUCUUCUUUAUCAAUAGCCAUAGGUCAAUUGAGCCAGCAUUCAUGAAGGACAUGCAAAUCUAUCACGCCAAAGUCCACAAGGUUGACUUCCAAAACACAAUAAAGGCUACCACAGAAAUGGAGCAUAUGAUUCCUGAAAAAAUCAAGGAGAAAAUUCAGGAUAUAAUCUCCCCUGUGGACCCUAAAACAUUCUUGUUGCUUGUAAAUUAUAUAUUCCUCAGUAGUAAGGAUUAUUGCAAAAGUUACCAUUUUGGACCAUCUUCUCCUUUGCAUUUUCUAAAAGAGUUCCACAAAGAAGGCAAUUGGACCAAAGAUACUCACACUGACCUCAGGCAGAUGGAGUCCUUUUUUGUGAACAAGGUCAAGAGUGUGCAUGUGGAAAUGAUGACUAAGACUGAUCGAAUGAUUUACAGCCGCUGGGAGAAGCUGUAUGCCACAACAAUUGAACUACCUUACCAUGAAAAUCUGACUCUAGUUCUUGUGCUCCCAGAUGAAGGGCAGCUCUCCUCUGUACAAAGUCGGAUAAAUCUUAAGCGAGAUAGGCUUGCCUACCACAGGGAUAUAAGAAUGGUGACCUUAGUUAUUCCCAAGUUCAAGAUCUCCUUCAAGAUUAAUCUUAGAAAUCUGCUUCCCAAGUUGGGCAUCAAAGAAAUUUUCACUACAAGAGCAGACUUCUCCUACAUUACAAAAGAUGUUUUCCCAGCAUUUUUUGAGCAAGGUUUCCUGCAGAUCCAAGGAACAAAUAUGCAGACCCAGGCAGGAAUACUGCACUGCAUUCAAAGGGACAGUUAUCUUGGGAGGAAGACCAAGAUCAUACCUCCUUACCAUUCUUUUACUGUAUCCUUCUGGAAAGUGUUUUAA